AUGGCUCACUUAGCGGCUGUGCCAGAUUUGAUCGAUGGUGUGGGUACAGCGGAGCUGUUUAUCGAUCGGGUGUUUCGCCAAAAUGGCUUGCCAGUGGCAAUUGUUACUGAUCGUGAUCCUCGUUUUACGAGUAAAUUUUGGAAGUCCGUCUUCCAAGUGCUGGGCACCCGUUUGGACAUGUCCACGGCGGAUCAUCCGCAGACCGAUGGUCAAACUGAACGCGUAAAUCGCGUUGUUGAAGAUAUCCUACGCAGCGUUUGUGCUGAAACGCCUAAGCGUUGGAGCUCUAUGCUCCAUGUAGUUGAGUUUGCACUCAAUAAUUCCGUGCACGCCUCCACCGGCUACACUCCGUUCUAUGUCAAUGAUCUCACACACCCACGCGUUCCGUUAACGCUACCACCGAGUGGUUCAGGGCUUGGUGGGGGAGAGGUUGCCGAUCGGCUUGCUGAUGUCAGCCCUAAUACUGUUAGGAAACAGGUAAAUGCGUUUCUCGCAACGCGACUAAAUGUCUUACGACAUGUGCAAGAUGCAAUGGCUGAUAGUCAAGAUAAACAAAAGGAAUAUGCAGAUGCGAAAGGCAGAGGUUGUAUUAAUGAUUAUGAGGUCGGAGACCAAGUAUUACUUAAUGCUAAAAACCUACCUACCAAUGUAGUAUCCGCUGUCUUUAAGACGAAGUUGCGUCCGCGCUUUAUCGGACCCUUUAAGGUCAUUGCCAAGAAAGGCACAGCGUAUACGCUUAACUUGCCGCGCAAAUUGCGUACACAUCCUGUGUUCUAUGUCGCCAUGCUAAAACCUUAUCGGGAUCCGUCCCAAAUAGACGCUAAGGCGCUCGCGCCGGGCCCAUUGGCAUUGUCGCGGGACGGAGCAUCUGCACCAACAAGUCAAGUUGACCCUGCAUUCGGGUCCGACUCUCUUCCAGGGACUCAAGCCGGGAGUUCAUCGUCUGCCUCUCCUCACGAAGGGGGAACCUGCAGUUCCAUGUGGAGCGUCUACUGCAGAAGCGUCGCCGCCAUGGUCAAAACCAGUAUCUGGUGA